AUGGCUACCCCUAGUGUCCUCGCUUUUGACGCCGAGGGUCGAGCCAUUGACUUUGACAUUUGGGUAGAUGACAUGCAGCUGUUCUUACAGUGCGAUAGGGCAGACGGUCUCUCUCUCUUUGACCUCACUUCUAGCGCCUCUCCUGCCCCUGCUGCUGAUGCUGACGCCACUGUUCGCUCCCAGUGGGCCACGCGCGACACUGCUGCACGUCUUGCUGUGCGUCGCCACCUGCCUACCUCUGAGCGUGCGCACUUUAGUCAGUACAAGAGUGCUCAGACCUUGUACGACGCUGUAGCUGCACGCUACUCCUCCCCUGUCACUGCUCCACUGAGCCUCAGGGACCACUUCCUCGCAGUGUGCCCCACCACUCUCACCGUUGACCUCCUGGAGAAGGCCCUCCUAGCGGCGGAGAAGAGCAUAGUCGCUGUAGGAGCCUCACGUGGUGACCCCCGCACCCCUGUCUUUGAGGGGUGUUCUCCCUCCCCCCUCUUGCCCUCUGUUGCUUCUGCUGCUGCGGCCGACCUUGUUGGUUUUGAGUCGGUCGGUGCUGCGUCUGCCCCUUCGGGGAAGCGCCGCACAGGCAAGGGCAAGGGGGGCAAGGGAGCUGGAUGA